AUGUUUUGUGAAGGCAAUGAUCGUAUAGCACCACCACCAGAACUCAAUAUCACACUCCCGACAGCGAGGGAUUUUGUUAGUAAACCAUACGACUGUUCAAGCAAUGAGAUUCAGUCACAACUACCAACAGAUAUUCUGCUAAUAACAGCAAAUGAUCAUGAAUUCAAUGCUUGCUAUUCAUAUAUGAAACAUGUUCAUCGAGGUUAUUCUGCGAAACUGGGAAUGGUAGAUUUUGGUCGAUUUGGUGAUCAGAAAAACCCGAAUGUGAGAGUUGCAUUGAUGAAAUCUUGGCAGGGACCGACGGAGGCUGUGAUACCAGUGAGAAAUGCCGCUGAAAUUUUACACCCAAAAGUAGUCCUCUUUGUCGGGAUCUGCGCAAGCAUGGAACGGGCGAAGGCAAAACUUGGCGAUGUCGUGAUUUCUGCCAAACUAGCGACUUAUGAUCAUAAGAAAUUCAAGGCAGAUGGUACAGUUGAGUAUGGCGGGACUAAACCGAACGUUAGUAGAAAUAUGGCUCAUCUUAUCCUCAAUGCAGCUGAUGGUUGGAAACCACCGUUAAGAGACCCGAAAAGUUUAGACGUUGAAGUUCACCAUGACGCUGUGAUGUUAAGUGGCUCGGAUUCAGUUAAUAAUCUUGAAAGACGACAAGAGUUACUGAAUUCGUUCCCAGACGCACUUGGUCUUGAAAUUGAGGGUGCAGGUAGGAACAUCCCGCAUCAUUCAAGCCUUCCACACCAAUUAGGCUUCGAACGGUGUAUCAAUCUGUCAACCUGUUAAAACAAAUUCCAGAGGGGGAGGGAACUUAAAGGAAAAUGAGAAUAUAAAAUUUUUAUUUUCUCAUUUGAAAGGACUUUUGUAGCUAUAUAUUAUUAACUUCUUUUACCGAUUGUUCAUAUCUUGCUUAGUUCUUGAAAUAAUUUCACUUGAAGUAAUGAGAUGUCCGCCAUCUUGGAUAAAUUUUUGAUCUCAUUAACGGUAGUUUUGGUGACGUCACAACGGAAGAAGUUAUUUCGCUGACCUCAGAAUGACAUUUCGUCAAAAAUUUUGCUUCAAGGAACUUGACCUAACCCUACUCCAAGUUUAUUCUCGAGGAUUAGGGUUAGAGUUGGUGUUUGGAAUAAGGUUAGUGUUAGUGUUACUAAAACCGUUGCUUUGUUACGUUUUGUCACUCUGAGGCCAGCGAAAUAAUCGCUUCCUGUCACAACAGGGAUCAACCGCAUCAAAGUAUUCGUUGCUAACCAAAUAUUGAUUGGUAGAUGUUUAAAGGUUUCAAGUGAUCUUGAUAUUUCGAAUGGCAGACAGAGUAUAGUUUUGAGUGCAAAAUGAUUAGUGUUUGUCUAGAUAAAAUAUUGGUGACCCCUGUUGUAGCGUGACAUGCAUAUCUACAAAAAUUGAAGAUGGUGGACAUUUCAUUCCUUUCGAUCAACAUAUUUGUAGAAGUAAGCAAGAUAUGGAAAAAAACGGUGAAAGAGUAUUACAUAUAGUCCUAAAUGUUUUUUCAAAUGAGAAAAGAAAAAAUAUAUUGUCAUUUCUCUUUAAUGGGGGAUUUCUAGUGUCUUUAAUACUGAACAGAAAUUAGCUGAGAUUUUUAAUCCAAAACAUGAUUGGGCUUGAUGCGCUAUUACUGCAAAAUGGGUUAGCGUUAUGCCUAUGACAUGAACACACGUCUACAUUUUUGUUCUUAAAUUUUAGGUUUAUAUGCUGCCGUGUAUGAUCUUGGCAUAGAAUGGGCUGUAAUUAAAGCAGUGUCGGAUUUUGCUGACGGAAGUAAAGAGAAAACAAAACUUUGGCAGCCAUUUGCCAGCGCAAUGGCGGCAUCUGUUGUAUAUAAUAUGUUUCAAUAUUCUGUUGUGCUAAAAGACUGGCGUCACUACAACGCAGAAG